AUGGUAGAUAAUUCAGACAUUAAUAUGUUUUUUGUAUCUAAUUUACCCUUUGAAGUGACAGAAAAUGAAUUAAAAGAAUUUUUUUCACCAAAAGCAGAACUUAUUUAUUGCAAAUUGAGAAAAGUUGAAAUUGGUAUAAAAAGUAGCCAUGGUUAUUUAGGUUUUAAAAAUGGUAAAGAAGAUAUAUUAUCCUAUGUAGAAAAUAAUAAAUUUAGAAAUAAAGAAAUAUCAAUUGAAUUAAUAGAGGAUGAAAAUGAUAGCGAAUAUGAAAACGAAAAUUAUAAACACGAUAGUGAACAUUAUAAUGAAAAAUGUAGAGAUUUAGAUUCGUAUAAAAAUGUACAUAAGAAUAAAGAUAAUGAAGUAUAUAAAAAAACGCAUAAACAUAAUAAUAAAAAAUUAAAUAAGAAUAUUGAAAUAAUAAACGAAAAUGGGGAAAUAACGAAAUUUGGUUUUUUAAUUUUAAAAAAUAUGAAUAUGUAUGAUAUAGUGCUUUUAAUUAAAAAAAUUCAAGAAUUAGUUCGUUUAUCUCCUCAAACAGCCAUUAAAAUGCUAAAUGAAAACAAGACAAUUUAUUAUUCGUUAGUUCAUGCUCUUUUUCUUUUAGGAAUAUUAAAUAUUGAAAUUAAUCCAUUAAGUAAUGAAGAGAUCGAAAAAAGUAAUUUUUAUAAAAUCAAAAGUCGUUUUCAGUAUAUAUAUAUGGACAAAAAGGAGGAAGAAAUAGAAGGAAAGGAAGAAGUAGAAGAAGAUAAUAAUGAAGAAGAAACAGAAGAAAUGGAAGAAAAGGGAAUAGAUACUAUUUCUUCUUUUGACAAUAAAGAAAAAAAAAAAAAAAAAAAAAAUUAUGAAUUAAAUGAAAAUAGUGAAACAGAUAUUUUCUUAAAUGGGAAGAAAAGAAAAAUUAAUGAUGAAUAUAAUGAAUCAAUAGGUAUGAAUUAUAAUUUUAGUACAUGUAAAAAAAAUUGUGAUACAUAUAAUAACAUGCAAAAUAUGAAAUUUAAUAGUAGUAAGAAUAAUGAAAAAUCAGGUGGCUUAAUUAAUAAUAGAAAUAUUUCGAGGAGUAAUCAUCCUAAUAGUAAAAACAUGAAUUAUUAUGGAAAAAAUUUAUUUUCAUUUAAUAAUUUAAAUAAAAAUGUUAAACGAGAUGAUUAUAAACAAAAUUACAAAAAGAAUGAAAAUUCUGCAAAUGAAAAUAAUCCUGAUACAAAUAAAAAAAAAAAUUAUUUAAAUAAAAGUUAUUACACAACUACUAACAGUAACAAUAAUAACACAUCAUUAACUGCAGAUAAAAAGAAAGUAAAUCCUUUUAUGAAUAAAAUAAGUAAAAAUAAAAAUAUGAACUGCAAAAAUAUGAAGACUGUGUCAUUUUCUAGCAAUAUAUACAAUACUAAAUCUAGUAAUAAUUCUUUUAAGAAUUCAAAUAGAAUCAUUGAUAAUACAAAUGAAAAAAAUUUAAAACUUCUUUAUAGUUAUAAAAAUAAGGAUUUUGUACAGAAUAAAUUUAAAAACAAAAAUGUGAAUUUUAACAAGGAAGAUAAUUUUAUAAAUAAAAACAAUAUAUAUAUAAAUAAUUAUAAGGAAGAUAAUGAUUAUGAAUUCAACAAUGGAGAUGGUAAUCUAAGUGAUAGAUUAAAAAAUUUUGAUAGCAUAAAUAUAUCUAAAAUAAAUGAAAAUGAUAAAAAUAGUAAUUAUUAUAAUUUUAGUAGUAGUGAUAAUUCAUACAGCUCUAAGUUUAAUGGAAGUGAUCAAAAUAGCAAUUAUUAUAAUAAUUUUAAUAACAUAGAUAAUCAAAAUAUAUCUAAAAUAAAUGAAAAUAAUAAAAAUAAUUUUUAUAGAAGUGAAUAUGAAAAGGUAAAUAAAGGUGCAAAAGGUGUUAAGCCCUCUAAUAGACAAAAUAAUUAUGAGAAUAGCAGUAGCAAUUUAAGUGACUGCAGUAUUAAUAUUAGAAAUAAAAAAAGUUAUAUAAGUGAUAAUAAAAACGUUAAUGAGAAAAAAUAUAUGUAUCCAUUAUAUAAUAAAGAGGGAAUAGACAAAAUAAGUAAUGAAAAAGAUAUGGAAAAUACAAAUAAGAUAAAUAAGGAAGUUGAUAGGAAUAAUUCAAAAAGCAUAAAAAAUGAAAAUAAUAAUGAUUAUAUAAAUUGGUCUUUAGAGGCAAAUAAAAAAAAUGAACCUUAUGAAUCGCCUCAAAAUUUAUAUUUAAAUGAUAAAAAUGUGAAUAAUGAUGAUGCUAAUAAUUUGAAGAAUAAUGAUGAUAAUAACAUUUUGUAUAGUUAUAACAACAGUAAUUAUAACAGCGAUAAUAAUUUCAAUAAUGAUGAUAAUAAAAAUAUAAAUAAUGCCAGUGAUAAAAAUUUAGAAUAUGGUAAAAAGUUAAUGCAGAGAAUAAAAUCAAAUAACCAAAGAAGAUGUAUAAAAUUAAUUGAUAGAAAAAAUAAUGAAGAUUUAAAUGAAGAAAAAAUGAUAAAAGUAAAAAAUAUAAAUAUUAGCAAUGUAAAAAAUGAUUCUUUAAAUAGAAAACAUAAAAGGGAAGAUAAUAUAAAUAUGCAUUUAAAAAUGCUUUUAAAUAAACUAAAGAUAUCUUUAAAUAAUAUUCCGAAUGCAGAUGAAGAUUUAUUAAAUGAAAUAAUUAAUCAAAAAUCAAUUCUUCAAAAUAUAAUAGUAAGUAAAUACACUGAUAUGUUAAAUUGGCCUAAUGAGCAAAUUUUACGAGUUUUAUCAAUAAGGAAAUCUUUAAAAAAUAAAGGAUAUAAUAUUAAUGAAAUAAUAUAA